AUGGCGUCAACGUGUAACCUUAGGGCCAUCAUUCACGCUUUCCUCGCCUUGCUGCUCUCAUUUGCCAGUGCAGGUUUCAGUCCGCUGUCAAGAACAAAUCUGGCCGUGUAUUGGGGUACUAACAACUCCCAGCAGAGGCUUUCAGCCUACUGUUCCAGCGACCUUGAGAUGUCCACUCGCGCGGCGUGGACUUACCCUGCCUGCCAGGUUAUCACAAUCAGCUUCCUGACCCAGAUCGUCAAUCCUAUGGUCAAUUUCGCAAAUGCUGGCGACAAUUGCACCGUCUUCCCGGGCACCACCUUGCUGAGCUGUCCACAGAUCGAGGAGGACAUACAGCUAUGUCAAAGCUCGUAUCAGAAGACCAUCAUGCUAUCCAUCGGUGGGGCGACGUACACAGAAGGAGGUUUUGGCUCUCCGGCUGGUGCUGUCGCCGCGGCGAACAAUGUCUGGGCCAUGUUCGGACCCCAGCAGGCUGGGAACACAAUUCGAAGACCAUUUGGAAAGGCUAUCGUCGAUGGGUUCGAUUUCGAUUUCGAAGUCACGACGCAAAACAUACAGCCGUUUGCACUUGAGCUCAGAGGACUCGUGAACGCAACAGCGGCAACGGGUGGAAAGCCUUACUACCUCAGUGCCGCCCCACAGUGCCCAUAUCCUGACAUAGCAGAUGACGCCAUGCUCAACGGCGGUGUCAGCUUCGACUUCAUCCAAAUUCAAUUCUACAACAACUAUUGCGGCGUCAGCAACUUUGUCGUGGGAGCUGCUUCCCAGCCCUCGUACAACUUCGACACCUGGGAUAACUGGGCAAGCACUGGAAGUGCAAAUUCUGACGCCAAGAUACUCGUGGGAAUACCGGCAAACAUUGGUGCUGGAGCAGGCUAUACCAGCGGAAAUAUCUUGCAGGCAGCACUUGCUUACAGCCGGGAUUUUCCCAGUUUCGGCGGUGUGAUGAUGUGGGAUAUGAGCCAGCUGUACCAGAACCCUGGCUUUCAAGAGGAGGUCGUGCAAUAUCUUGGUAGCACUCCCACUCCCACCCCCCCUACGACCACAGCAAGCACAAGCACAGCGAGUCCUAGCACUGCCAGCACAGGCACAGCACCCACAACUACAUCAGCCACCUUGACAACCACAACCUCAUAUCCUCCUCCUCCUCCUCCUUCCACAUCAACAGCAAGCCCCACAACCACUCCUCCUGGGACUGGCGUACCUGAAUGGGGUCAAUGUGGUGGUUUAGGAUAUACUGGACCCACAAAUUGUGCAAGUCCAUUGUCGUGCCUCUGUCUGAGCACUUGGUGGUGUCACUGCGUCAACUCGCCCGCGUCUACGAUGAGAACUGUAGUCGCCCGAUCCACGACGGACCUCAUUGCGACAUCCAGUACGUCGACGACACGAACUGCGACUGAGACUGGGAAGCCGAUCCCAGAAUGGGGCCAGUGUGGUGGUAUAGGAUACACGGGGUCCACCCAAUGCAUCAGCCCUCUCUUUUGUGCCUGCAACAGCCAGUGGUGGUGUCAAUGCCAGAGCAGGCCCGGAAGUGGCGACUCCUCAACCCCCAUCGAGGAUCCCAGUGAGAACGUUGUAGCGCAGUGGGGACAAUGCGGAGGGGUCGGGUACGAGGGCUCGACGACCUGUACCAGUCCAUACUCGUGCGCUUGCAAUAGCGAUUGGUGGUGCCAGUGUCAGUAG